GAGGGGGGGGUAAUUCAUCAAAAUGAUUGAGAUAGUUUGCAAUGAUCGUUUAGGGAAAAAAGUUCGAGUGAAGUGCAAUCCUGAUGAUACCAUAAAAGAUCUGAAGAAACUGAUAGCUGCACAGACAGGAACAAAAUGGAACAAGCUCGUCUUAAAAAAAUGGUAUACUAUUUUCAAGAAUCACGUUCAGUUACAAGAUUAUGAGAUCCACGAUGGAAUGAACUUGGAACUGUACUACCAGUAAACAAUGAUGCACUCUGAAGUGGACAAGCUUAUCAUCGGCCAUCAGCACCAUUCGUUGAGGGAAAAGGACUUGCGAUUUCAUAAUGAUUUGUUUUCUGAACACCAGUGAUUUGUAUGUUUUACUGACCAAUGUCACCUUUUUUUUUCUUGUUUUUUUUUGUUUCAGAACAGUUUUAAUUUCUGGUUUCUUGUCCAUGUCCAAGCUGGGAUUUUUAAUGUGUAAAAUUAUAGUUGGCUAAAGUUGUGUAUAUGCUUCAAUGAUGUCUUUCUCUUCAAUCCUUGCCAGAUUAGCAUAGCAGUGUUUGUACUUCCCAACAGCAGACCUGUAACCUUUCCAAUCUGCAGCCUGUUCAACCACUGUACUUCCAAAUCCCUGCCAAUUUGUAACUGUACAGAGAAAGACCAGAUGUGCAAGGUAUUGAAAGUGCUAACUGUGUUAGUGAGGUGAUGGACCUUGGUAAACUAUCAAAGUGCUGUCUUUUAGGGUUAGCCUGUAGGAGAAAUUGGAAGGCAAGUAUUUUGUAUUUUCCUUUCUCAUAUGUUUUUGUGGAAGACGUUUCACUGAGCUUGCUGGUGGCAGGCAUGAUAUUAACAACCUUCAAAGGUUCUUGGUUGUUAUGAACCAGGCUGUUGAAGUGAACCAUGUUGUUAUAUGCACUCAAAUUGGUUUAAAUAAAACUAAAAUCUGGA